UUUUUUUUUUUUCGGCGCAAGGGAACAAUCUCGGAUGAACGCGGGCUCGGCACGGAUGCUGGUACGGUCGCCAGUUUGGCAACAUCCCGCGUCGGUGUAACAGCCCACUUGGUAGGAGUGUCGUUAUCGGUCGUUAUCGGUUUGACGUAUCCCGUGGUCCAUCGGGUACGGGUUAUCGUUUGAGAAAGUAACAGUAAAACUGAGGAAUAAGUUCGUCGAGUGCAACGCUAGCGAUGUGAGUGCUGACGUUUAGUGACGUUCUCGGGUGAAUGUUUCUGUGUGAGUGUGCGGUUCUUUUUACUAAUCAAGAAAGCAAAAGGCAAGUGUCACUGUGGCACCGCGUUGACAGAUCCGCGUGUGUAGUAUUGUGUUGUUGUGCAGAGCUGGAGAAGCUUGUUUGCUCCUUGUGCUGAGCUCAGAAAUGUCAAUCUAGUGAUACGCGGCUACUAGGGAUAGCAUUCACGUGAAGAGCUAUUCUGGCCUGCUGUUCGGCCAAAGAAGCCGCUCCGUGAGUGUGCGUCGGUGUGUGGUCGUGUAAAGUGCGCGUCAGUGGGUGUUUGCUCAAUUCUCAAUCAGCAUCGGCUUUAAAGCAAAAGUGAGGUGAAUGCAAAGAAAAACACAUCUCAACCCAAGAGGAGGCACGAGGCUUUAAAGUUCAUAAAUUCUGCGCCGUGAAUGGGAGCUUUCUUCGCCGUCAACUGGAGAACUAGGACCUACCGGAUUGCAUCGUGCGAAUGGAUGAUCUGUGAAAAAUAAUGCUUUCCCAUCCACAACUCGUCCGAUAGAGCCGAAAGCCGAAGGAAAUCGAAGCAAAAAUGAAACUCCAAUACACAAUGUCGAAGCGCAGGAAACUUGGUUACGGAUGGUUAAGUUCGCUCUUGAUCUGCUUUAUCGCAUUAGCUGAAAUGAUUUCAAAUGUUUGCAGCCUGAAAGAUCUGAAAAUAUUCGUCCCGGAGGCGGUCAUUAUGGGCAAUGCGGCGACCCUAUCGUGUCAAUUCGAACUGGAAAAGGCAACACUUUACUCCGUUCGAUGGUACUUUGAAGGGGAAGAGUUCUACCGUUACGUCCCGAAGGAAUCACCGCCGGCCCGUACCUUCCCAGUCUCAGGCAUCACAGUAGAUGGCACACAGUCGGACGCUACGUCGGUCACGCUGCGGGGCGUAACGCGCGACCUAACCGGCCAGUUCCAGUGUGAGGUAUCCGAGGACGCACCGCUCUUCCACACCGACAUCCGGCAGGCACGUAUGCAGGUGGUCGAACUGCCCAAGGAAGACCCGAUGAUGCAGCUGGACAAAACGCACAUCACCACGCUGGACAAUUUCCGGGCCGUCUGCACCGUGGGGACGUCCUUUCCGGCUGCCAACAUUACCUGGUACAUCAACACGAAGCGGAUUCAUCGAUCACCGUACCAACGCAUCACGUACCGUUCGUACGAAGGGACGCCCACGUUCUCCUCGCUCGAGAUGUUCCCGCACAGUCAGGUGCUGCAGGACAUCUACCAGUCGAUGCCACCGUUCCACACCAGCCUCACGGUGAUGUGCGAGAUCUCGAUCCUGCACAUCUACACCAAGAGCGCCCAGCAGCGCAUCCUGGUGAGCGAUCUCGUCACGACCAUCUCGCCGAACCUGCUCGGCCUGGACGGGUCGAACAAUCGGCGAAAAAACAACGGUGACCCCGACAACUCACCCCUGACCGGGGGUGCGACCGGUCCCCGGCUGGCCGGCCCUACCUCGCUCCUGACGCUGGCAGUGGUGCUGCUGGCAGCUGUCGGUCUGCGGACAGCCGGUGUUAGACGUCCGGCGGAUCGGCUAUCCGGGUUGUGAUUGGUGACUGCGCAGAUGCUGUAAAUAGGAAAUGUGCACCCCCAUCGGUGUUUUUUUCACCAAAAGACACAGUCGGAGUGGGUGAAAAACACUACAUAAAAGAAAGCAAACGUAAUAAUAAUAAUACUACUACACAAUAGGAAUGAUCUCGAUACGCAGCGUAUCUGUGUGCGUGUGGAAAGUGGGAAAACGUGGGAAAGUGUAGUUGAUUGUUGUUUUUCGGUUGAGUUUUGCUUUCGACGGAAGACAACAGGAUUGAUAGGAAGAACAAAACACAUUACCCACACACGCACAUACGCACAGCACAGGAGAGAACAAUAACCCAUUCUACGUUGGGAAGUAUGGCUGCCGACAGUGGUGGGGAUCUUUAAACUGAGUAUAAGCUGUAUGUGUAAAUUGUAAAUGUAAUUGAGCUUUUCACUCACAACUUCUCCUUGCGAGCAAAGCAAAACAAAAAAAGAGAAGCUGGCAACCUUGAGCAGAGUUCAUUUUACACCACCCAAGAACGUCCAACGCAGGCAGGCGGGAGUUCGCUAGAGAGUUGACAAACGAUUUGAUUUGGAGUUUUCUGAAAAUCGCUUCCAAGUCGUGCAAAGAAAGAAAGAAAUAUUUUGUUCAUUCCCCUACAUUCUCCUUCAGCAAAAAGCCGGAUGUAAAGACAGUUUAAUAGUAAAAUGGAAAAAUAGAGGAUGAGAAGAGCUCGUUAGACACAACAUAAACGACACGAUCUUCGUUGGAGCGCUGUACGGUCCUCGCUUGCUUUCUCCUCCCAGAUGGACAGCUAAUAACCGUUUACAGGCUUUACAGACAAACCGUACGUAUUAGUCCUUUCCCUGUUCUGACGAUUUGUGUAUAUGGGGUAGUUUUGUAAUGCUGAUUGUACAUGUAAAAUAAAAUAAAAGAAAACCCUCGAAAGCUCACAUAACGACCUUCCAUCACUCAAGUAACGAAUGCGUUGUGUGUAGCGAUGCUCAAUACAAACCAGAACGAACAAAAAAACAAAACAAUAUGGCGGCAGCAGUACUACUAAUGGCUUGCUUCACCGGCUAGAGUAAGAGCUAGCAUUGCUGCAAAGGGAAGGAAACAGGGAGCUCUAGCGAUGAGACGGAACGAGACAGCGCUAGUUGGUAGUUGAACGAUUCCGUACUAAGGCAGUAAGUAGGAUGCAAUCGUGCUAGUAGUAUGCAGUGGUGCAGCGAUACAGGCGCAGAGUCUCCUGUAAAAAAGGGGCGCCAACAUCGGGGGAAGCAGAAACAUCCCCUUUUCUUGUAAGUAAGUGAAACUUGUUAGCUGAGAGGCGCGUAGACAAAUGUAAGUAUUAUUAUCUGUUACUAACAUGAAUGUACUGGAACUAAUCAAUACAAAAACAACUAACAGCAUAACUAAAAUGGGAAUGCAAAAGAAGAAAAAGCCUCCACCGCACACCAAAAAGCAGAGAAAUGAAAUAAAGGAAAAGAACAACAAGAAAGUAAAACAAAAAUGGAGCACAAAACCCAAAAUGGAGAAUAACAAGCAUUUGACACGUUCGAUUAGAACUGUUUGAGUCGUUGUUGUGUUGUGUUUUCUUUUUGAGCUUUUCGUUGCUAUUCUCUUCAUCACAUGACGUGCAUUUAGAGUUUUUAGUUUCCAACUUCAUUUUUAUUCAAUUUACAAAACACAAAACGAUUGACGACACUCCACGUCAAUUUGUGCAAUGCUUGAUCGAAUCAGUCCCAGUCCUUCCUAUGUAAGGAUGAAUGAGUGUCGGUGAGAUGAGGCAGCAUAGAAAUUUGCCGAAUCACAUUGGACAAACAUACACACAACAUUCUCUUAAGUGAACGAGGAAGAUGAGAAAACAAAACACGUUAGUUGUUAGGACAAUGAACAUCAAUCGCUUCACACAAACUGUAAGAAUCGGUAAAAGAUGAGUAAAACGGAGACAGGAAGGGUCGGAAUAAAAGCAAAACAUUACGAUUCAACAAAACAAGAAGAAAAAACGAAAACCCCUUCUUAGAAGAAAGAAAUGAGAAACGUAAAUAAAUCAGGGCAAUUCGAUAUAGGAACAGUGCAACACAUGAUCGUGUUAACAAGCAAAUACAUAAGUAACGCGUAACAAAACAUAAGAUAAAACAGUCAACAAUAUCUGAAUGAAAGGAGAGAAAACGUAAGGUGAGCGCAGAGCAAGGAAAAGACAACAAAGAAAAACGGGGAAAACUGGUUUUGUUUUGCAACAAUUCCUCGGCAACAAGAGGCCAUUCAAUAAAUGCCAAACCAGACGAAGACGAGCAACAACAAACUAAAACAAAGAAAAAUGCAAAAGUUAAGAGAAUAAAUAUUAUUAUUAAUAAAACAA